UCCUAGCAACAGCACGCGUCGUUGGGUGCUGUCUAGAGCCUUUAUCCAGCGAAUUUCGCCAUGUCGAUUGCUUCUGUGACAUACAAACACUCAUUCGGCUUGAAAGGAGACGUACUAUCAAACGUCCAUUACGUGGACGAGCAAAUCGUUCUCUACCCUGUUGGUGGGAAUAUCGUCCUUUAUAAUGUCGAUGGCAAAGCUCAACGCUUCAUACCGACGACGCCAGGAGCGGCAGGAGUUACUUCUCUGUCUCUUAGUCCCAACAGGAGAUAUUUGGCUAUAGCUGAGAAGGGAGAGAAAGCUACAGUGACGAUGUUCGACCUUCAGUCAAUGCGGAAACGUAAAGUAUUAACCCACAGCGAGUGUCAGAGCCAGGAGUUUAUAAGCCUCGCUUUCUCACCCGACUCCAAGUAUCUGGUAGCUCAAGGUGGCUAUCCCGAUUGGCUUCUUGUGUAUUGGACAUGGGAGAAAUCGAAAGUAAUGGCUGUUACCAAGGCAACAAAUGCUCAGAAUUCACCAGUUCAUCAGGUGACAUUCAACCCUCAAGACAACACCCAACUGUGUGUUGUUGGUGACGGCAUCUUCAAACUCUAUCGCUACUCGGAGGGAAACCUCAAGCAAAUUGCCACCCAACGCAGCGAGACGCGCAACUAUCUCUGCCAAGCGUGGACGUCAGAGGAACGCGUCGUCGUGGGCGACAGCCAAGGCAAAGUCUUUCUCUUCGAGUCAGGAGACGUCAAAGCAGAGAUCUCGAUUGUCACAGCGAAAAUCACAUCACGGUCAACGUCAGUAGUCAGUGCAGCUGACAACUCGGCCACUGCUGCUACUCCGGCACCUGUUCGUUGUAUUUCAAGCUCGAGUAAAGGGUUUUUGUGUUCGUCUGGCAGUGGAGUGGUUCACCUGUUUGAGAAGAGCGAUGAGAAGGAUAAGGAGCAUUACAAAAAGAUUCGGGAGGUUCACGUUCCGUUGCCAAGUGGUGAGGUGCAGGGCGGUGAUAGAGAGAAUGUGAUGGUUGCUGGUGGCCUGGAGAUAAUGAGUAUGGCUCUUAGCCCGUCUGAAGACUGUCUGGUUUGUAGCACAGAGGGACAGCAGCUGUAUACGAUCAUGCUGUCUAGUGCUGAUAUUGGAAGGCAAGGAGAGCACGCCCAAUUUGAUCUUCUCUCUCAACCAUUCCACCGCAGUGCCAUUACAGGACUCGAUAUCUGUGUUCGUAAGCCGUUAGUUGCGACUUGCUCGUUAGACAAAACCGUCUGCAUUUGGAACUACGACAAAAAUUUUCUAGAGCUGAAGAAGGAAUUCACCGAAGAAGCCUACAGUAUUGCACUCCAUCCAAGUGGCCUCUUUGUGCUUGUCGGUUUCAGCGACAAACUAAGACUCAUGAAUCUUCUUAUCGAUGACAUUCGGCCAUUCAAAGAGUUGACUAUUCGAGGUUGUCGAGAGUGUGCGUUUAGUAACGGCGGACAUCUGUUUGCUGCCGUUCAUGGGACUGUCAUUCAGUUGUACUCAACCUAUUCGUUUGAUAAUGUGGCAAACUUGAAGGGACACAAUGGGAAGGUUCGAGCACUAGUCUGGAGUAUCGACGAUUCAAAGAUCAUCUCUUGUGGCCAAGAGGGUGCAGUCUACGAAUGGGCCGUCCAGACCUGCAAACGCGAAGGCGAGAGUGUCCUCAAGUCGUGCAGCUACACGGGCAUUGCUCUUUCUUCUGAUGGCCGGACGACAUUCGCUGUUGGUUCAGACUGCACGUUGAAGGAAAUCUCAUUGUCGGAGUCUCAGGUGAAGCGCGAGAUUGCGGCGGGAGAUACUGUGCUUACACAGAUUGCUAUGUCGAGGUCGGGACGGAUGCUGUUUGCUGGGACAACGUCUGGUGCUCUCAGGUCGCUCAAGUUUCCGUUGACGGAACCGGGAGAGUAUUCAGAGCAUCAAGUGCAUAGUGCGGGUGUGACAAAGAUGCGUUUGUCUGCUGACAACCAGCAUCUCUUUAGUGCAAGUGAAGAUGGAUCACUUUACCUCUUUCGUGUGCAAGACAAAGAGACACGGAGUGUCAUACGCGACCACGAGGUUCAAUAUGCACAAGAAAUCUUAGUGACAAAGUCAGACCUGCAAGAGAAGAUGCAGGUAAUCGCUGAUUUACAAGCACGAGUUGACGAGUUGAGAUCUGAGAACGAGUAUCAACUACGACUGAGGGAUAUGAAUUAUAAUGAAAAGCUGAAGGAGUUGACGGAGAAGUUUGUGGUUGAGAUGGAGACGUUAAAGACAAAACAUCAAGUUUUGAAAGCAGAAAAAGACAAAGAAGAAGCUCAUCAUUCGGAAGAGAUGGCGAACGUUAUUAGUCAAAAUGGACGCGAAAUUCAAGAACUCGAGUCAACAAACAACCAGAAAUUAAUGGCCGAAUACGAGAAAUACCAAGAACUUCAGGCAAAAUCUCAAAGACAGCAGGAAGACUACGAGAAACAGGUACUCGAUGCCGAGGAAGCAAAACAAAGAAAAGAAGAAGAACUAACCGAAUAUUAUGAAACCGUGGUAGCAGACAAGCAGACAGAGGUUGAUGAGAUGAAGAAGAAGGCUGUGGAGCAAGAAGCGGAACAUCAGGAGACGAUGCGUCAGAUUGAGGAGGAUGCUGAUCGUGAGAUACUUGAUAUUAAGGGAAAGUAUGAGCGACGGCUGAGAGAUGAACGAGACCAGAAUUUGAGACUGAAAGGAGAAACGGGAAUCAUGAAGAAGAAGUUUGGAACUCUUCAGAAAGAGAUCGAGGAGCGCAAGGCUGAAAUCCAACAACUUCAUGUUGAAGAGACCAAGUUGCAGGCAGUUAUACGGUCACUAGAGAAAGACAUUGUCGGAUUGAAGAAAGAGAUACAAGAACGAGAUGAGACGAUACAAGACAAGGAGAAACGAAUUUACGAUUUAAAAAAGAAAAAUCAGGAACUUGAAAAAUUCAAGUUUGUGCUUGACUACAAGAUCAAAGAGCUGAAAAAGCAGAUUGAGCCUCGUGAGAACGACAUCAAAGCAAUGAACGAGCAGAUCCAGGAGAUGGAACAAGAGCUGGAGCGCUUCCAUAAGAGAAAUCUCAGUCUUGACUUGAGGAACAAGGAACUCAUGCAGAAGUUGAAAGCCACAGACAAGGAAAUGCAUUCUGAGAGACAACGGGUUCAUGACGUUGAAGCUGUGUUGAAGAGAUUCAAAACAGAUGUUCACCACGCUGCUGGUCUCAUCCAAGAGCCAAAACAGCUGAAGGAGAGUGUCAUACAGCUGUACAAGAAACAUGUUGGAGAAGACACGCCUGAGUCAGUGCGUGUCGAUCAGGACAUCCAGCAGGAAUACAGCCGACAACGAGAGCACCUCGAACGAAGCGUCGCCUCUCUUCGAAAAAAACUACUCAAAGACUCUGAAAUCCAUCGCGCAGACAACGUCCGAAUCAUGCAGGAAAAUGUCACUCUCAUCCGAGAAAUCAACGACCUGCGACGUGAACUCAAGUUAGCACGCACACAAGUCCACGACCUCGAAGUGUCACUAAAAAUGGCUCAGAAACAGGCCGGAUUAGCUGGGACUCUCCCCAACAGGUCGGGCAGGGGACUGGCUGCAUUUGAGAUUAAAGAGGCUGCAGAGACAAAUAGAAUCAUUGAGAUUCAGAGAUCAGAAAUUAGAAAGUUGAGAAACCAAGUGCAAGAGCUCGAGUUAGGAGCAUCUCGUCCCGGCUCUGGAGGCCGUUUGCCACCCGUUUCGGCUCCAACUCAAGCCGUAACUGCGCAUUAGAUACAUCCUCUUGAGCACUAUGUGUUAGUCUUGGUCUUACCUGCAUAUAUAUAUACAUUAGGUAAUAACAUGUAGGACAUCAUGGUUCAAAGCUUUUGAUGUAGAACGAGCUGAAUAUGAUGGAUUGUCCGUGAUCGAUGCAGUUUGCAAGUGGAUAUUUGUACCUCCUGAAUACUUCCUAGAAAGUGCAGCGUUUAGGGAAUGAAAGGACCCUAGGUAGCAAGUAGAUAAAGUUCUGUUAAUUAAUACUAUUACCUAAUUAAUGUUGUAAUAAUAUAAUUGAGUAUUACUACUAAAAAUGGUGUACACAAUGAAAAUGAAAUUGAACAGCAAGUGGUAGUGUAUCCUGGAGCAUUACACACAAGAGUACAGAAUGAUAGCAAGAGCCAAUAUAAUAUUGAUCUUUACAAACUAAAAUUGAUGUCAAUGACACUAAUUACUAUUAAUUUACCGUACAAAAAAUAAAUCUAUGGUACAAGAGGUGGAUGCAAAUUUGU